UGUCGCCGGUCAAGCAAGACCAUCUUUCUCGAUAUAUUCUGUGUCCUGUGUUCUUGCCUGAAUCGAGACUUGGAUACCUUCAGCAGAACACAUCUGACCUUCUCAAGGGUUACCAAACUCGCUGAAACUUAGUUUGCGCAUUUUUUUUUCUUUUCUAAUUUCAUCGGAGCAAGGAGACGACAAACGGAAACAACGUGAAAUAGAAACAAAUUCAUAAAGCGAUCGGUCAAUUUGGUUGACUCCUGGACACCCACCGCUAAAGUUAAGUAUUCACUUGUGUGCUCGCAAAUAGCAAAGCUACCGGUCCUGCACAGAGUUAAGAAGGAUAAAUGAGCAGUUUAAACCAGCACGCUGACUCUGAACAAGCCAGCUAUGGCCACACAGCAAAAGCUAAGCAAAAGACCAAAAAGAAAGGUCAAGAUGAAGAAUUGGUCGAACUUAAGAGAGAGCUGGAUAUGGAUGAACACAAGAUUUCACUUGAAGAUCUUUAUAACCGUCUUGAAACUGACCCAGUAAAUGGUCACACUCCAGAGAAAGCUGCAGAGUUCCUAGCCAAAUAUGGUCAAAAUCAGCUGAGCCCACCUAAAGUUACACCAGAAUGGGUUAAAUUUUGUAGGAACAUGCUUGGUGGAUUUAACAUGUUGAUGUGGGUGGCCUCCAUCUUGUGUUUUAUUGCUUAUGGCAUACAGAUCAGCCAGGACCCGACAGCCUCUGGAGACAAUCUUUACCUCGGGGUUGUGCUCGCUCUGGUUGUUGUGCUAACUGGCUCCUUCUCGUAUUAUCAAGAAUCUAAAAGUUCCCGCAUCAUGGAUUGUUUUAAGAACAUGGUUCCACCGCAUGCUUUAGUUAUUCGUGGUGGACAAAAGCUGAAUAUACUUGCCCAAGAUGUUGUUGUCGGUGAUAUUGUGGAAGUGAAAUUUGGUGACCGCAUUCCUGCAGAUAUAAGGAUAAUAAGCUGUCAUGGCUUUAAGGUGGACAACUCCUCAUUGACUGGUGAAUCAGAACCUCAAUCCAGAUCCACAUUUUUCACUCAUGAGAAUCCCCUGGAGACAAAGAAUCUGGCUUUUUUCUCUACCAAUGCUGUUGAAGGUACUGCUAAAGGCAUUGUUGUGAAGACUGGAGACAAUUCGGUUAUAGGGCGCAUUGCCAAUUUGACCACAGGCUUAGACGCUGGACCCACCCCUAUUGCCAGAGAAAUCUCUCACUUCAUUCACAUCAUCACCGCUGUGUCUGUCUCAUUGGGGAUCAUCUUCUUCAUCAUUGCUUUCAUCAUGGGCUAUUACUGGUUAGAUGCUGUCAUCUUCCUGAUUGGAAUCAUCGUGGCCAAUGUCCCAGAGGGCUUACUAGUGACAGUGACAGUUUGUCUGACUCUAACUGCCAAAAGAAUGGCCAAGAAAAACUGCUUGGUAAAGAAUUUGGAAGCAGUCGAGACACUGGGCUCCACCUCAACAAUCUGCUCAGAUAAAACAGGAACACUCACACAGAACCGCAUGACUGUGGCCCACAUGUGGUUUGAUGGACAAAUCAUUGAGGCAGACACUAGAGAGGAUUUGUCAAAUGGACUAAUCUCAGACAGCUGUGAAACUUGGCAUUGCCUUGCACGUGUGGCCAUGCUGUGCAAUUGUGCAGAGUUCAAGCCUGACCAAGAAAAUAUUCCAGUAUUUAAAAGAGAAUGUAUAGGUGAUGCUUCAGAGACAGCUGUCCUUAAGUGUAUGGAGAUGACUUAUGGUAAUGUCAUGGAGUAUCGUAAGAAAUACCGAAAAAUUGUGGAGAUACCUUUCAAUUCAACUAAUAAAUUUCAAGUGUCAAUACACGAGAACUGGGAUCCCAAAGGCUCAAACUACUUGUUGGUCAUGAAAGGAGCCCCAGAAAGAAUCAUGGACUGUUGCUCCACCAUUCUCAUAGAUGGUGAGGAGGUGCCCCUGGAUGACGACUAUAAAGAUGCUUUGAACAUUGCUUACCUGGAUCUUGGUGGCCUGGGAGAAAGAGUGCUGGGAUUCUGUGACUAUCUUCUGCCUAAAUCCAAAUUUCCUGUGAAUUUCAACUUUGAUACAGAGGGCCCAAAUUUUCCAACAUCAGGUCUCCGUUUUAUUGGUCUUAUGUCCAUGAUUGACCCACCUCGUGUGGCUGUACCAGGAGCUGUGGCUAAGUGUAGAGAAGCAGGAAUCAAGAUUAUCAUGGUGACAGGGGAUCAUCCCAUCACAGCCAAGGCUAUAGCUAAAGGUGUAGGCAUCAUUUCAGAGGCAAGCAAGACAGCAGAAGACCUUGCCGCUGAGAGAGGAGUGCCUGUUGAAGAGAUAGAUCCAAGUGAAGCUACAGCAGCUGUUAUCCAUGGUGGUGACCUGAAAAACAUGACCCCUGCACAGAUAGAUUGGGUCUUGUCCAACUUCAAGGAAAUAGUCUUUGCUCGUACGUCUCCCCAGCAGAAGCUUAUUAUAGUGGAAGGUUGCCAGCGGCUGGGUCAGAUUGUGGCUGUCACAGGCGAUGGUGUCAAUGAUUCCCCUGCAUUGAAGAAGGCUGACAUUGGUAUUGCCAUGGGGAUAGCAGGAAGUGAUGUCAGCAAGCAAGCAGCAGGCAUGAUAUUACUGGAUGAUAACUUUGCCUCCAUUGUAACCGGUGUGGAAGAAGGGCGACUCAUCUUUGACAAUCUGAAGAAGUCUAUUGCCUACGCCCUGUCUGCCAACAUCCCUGAGCUCAUUCCCUUCUUGAUGUACCUCCUGGCUGACAUCCCACUUGGUUUGGGUACUAUCACCAUCCUGCUUAUUUGUCUGGGUACUGAUAUUGUCCCUGCCAUAUCCCUGGCCUAUGAACAGCCAGAGACUGAUAUCAUGAAGAGAAUGCCUCGAAACCCUCAAAAGGAUAAGCUGGUCAACGACAGGUUGAUCAGUGUCUCCUAUGGCCAAAUCGGCAUCAUGGAAUCCUUUGCUGGCUUUUUUACAUACUUUGUAGUCAUGGCUGAAAAUGGGUUUUGGAUGAGCCGCUUGGUGGGACUAAGAAAAGAAUGGGACUCUAAAGCUGUCAAUAGCCUGGAAGACUCCUAUGGUCAGCAAUGGACCUAUGCCCAACGCAAGAACCUUGAAGUCACUUGCUACGCUGCUUUCUUUGUGUCAAUAGUGGUUUGCCAGUGGGCAGAUCUAGUCAUUCGUAAAACUCGAAGUCUUUCCAUUUUGGAGCAUGGCAUGAACAACCACUAUCUGACCUUUGGCAUUCUGUUUGAGACUGCAUUGGCUGCACUUCUGUGUUACUGCCCAGGCUUAAAUUCUGCACUAGAGAUGGCACCAUUAAGAUUCAGUUGGUGGCUGUGUGCCUUGCCCUAUAGCCUCCUAAUUUUUGUGUAUGAUGAGGGACGCAGGUUUAUAGUCAGGCGCUAUCCAGGAGGAUUAAUGGAAAGGGAGACCUACUUCUAGCACUCCAUCUGCCUUGGGCAGACAUGUUAGUAUUAACAGAACAUUACAAUGUUACUGUAUCAUUGAGUUUAGAGUUAUUUUGAGGUGUACGUAUAGCAUAAUGCAGCUAUUUAAGUUCACAAUGACUCAUAAUGUAUAGCAAUGCAAUGCAAUGGUUUGUAUGUUCUGUUGUGAUAUAUGAGCAAAAGUAAUAGGUUUUUAUAAUUGAUGGUGUUAAAACAGUCCAUUCAUUGUUGUACUGGGAUAGGGACAAAGUUGAGAAUUUAAUGUCACUUUUAGAAUCUGAUGAUGGCUCAUGAAAUUUGCAGGGUUAAAGCUUUCUGAAGACCAGACUUGUAUUAACUAACCUCUAAAAAGCUGUCUAGAAUGUCUUCCAUCUGCCCCACCUACCAAGCAGAAAAUUGACCUCAUUUUUUUUUAUUGAUUUGCUUUGUAGUUUAUACUGCCAAUGUUCUUUCACUUGUUAGAUGUAGAAUUUGCUUGAUGCGAAAAUGAGACUGACAAUGUCAAGGGUGUUUUGAUGAAAUGAUUACAAAGUAGUGUUUCGUUUUUUUUAUAUAUAUGAAAUGUUAUGCAGUGUGUUCUGGUGAAUGUUUUAAAUGUAUCGUAGCCACUUUUAAUCUGAACGUCUCAUUGAAAUUAUAAGUUGGUUUAUGAAAUGAUUGAUUGAUAGGCAGAAAUGUUUAAUGUACAAAUGUUUUGGUGUAUAUGGCUUGAGUGACAUAAAAUUUAUUUUUCUUAGGCUUUUAACAUUUUGUAUGCUUGUUUUAGCCGUGACUUUUAGCACCAUAAUUCUUUUGUUGAAUGCUCUAAAA